GGCUUCCAUCCCGCGUCACCACGGCGGCCCGCGCUCUGUCAUCCAUGCCCUUCAACUGAACAACUUCUAAACAGUCACGACAUCACUGCCUAAUCUACACACCCCUACAUCGAACUCGGAAGAACCACAGUACGGCCUUGGUGUACUGCGAUAAUAAGGAUCGGACAACCUCGACCAAGACCACCCACCUCCUUGAAGAAUGGCGACCCUGAUCCCCUCAAUAGCCUGUUUGGGCGUAAUAGGCCGUAACAACAACCCCCUCCACAUCCAAAUCUUCCCGUCCUACGACCCCUCCACCAACACCUACGUUGCCGCCCGCACCUCCCUCCAAUUCCACCUCCUGCUCUCCUCGACUCUGGACGUCUUUGACCUGCGCGCCCGUCGCAACGCCGCGGCGGGAGUGGGCUUGUCCGGUGACUUUGGUCUGUUGCAUGCCGUGGACGACCGCUUGGCCGCGUACGGGUUCGAGACGAAUACGGGCACCAAAUUUGUUGCGGUCGUGGACAUGAGGGGACGGAGGGUUGAUGGUAGAGGCGGGGGUGGAGGCGCUGGUGGGCAUGGCGGAGGCGGACAACAGGGAGGGUUGACGCAGGGAGGGGCGGCGGCUGCGGCUAGUAGUGUUGGGUUGAGGGAGGGGGAGAUGAAAGUUGUCUUCAAGGCGAUGCAGACGGCGUACAUCAAGUUGUUGCAGAACCCCUUUUUUGAUCCAGACGAGCAUUCGCCGCUUUCGGGGACAGGCGGAAAGAAAAUCACGAGCAAAAAGUUCGCGGAGGAUAUGAGGAGGAUAGGGGAGAACUGGAGACCGGGCGUGACGGCUCUCUGAUGGGACUACUAUGGCCGGGGAGUUCUGAAACGGCACCCCUUUGGUUAAGCAUUCGGGUUCAUAGGCGAGAGUGGUAAGUUGGCGUUUUAGGAGUUUGAAGGGAUCAUGUUUACAGGAUAGCGGGUUGCUUUCUCGCUUCGGUGGCAUAGAACAGUGAGGGAACCCAUGGGUGUAGUGGUGCUCUAGCUGUGAGCAUGCAACUACGGCUAAACAGCUAAUCAGGCAACCUUUACGAACGAUAUCGAAACAGCAUACUUAAUACAGCUACAUCAACAAGUUAUUCGUCAUAAAGGAAGCUCUCCAAACCGAUGCCCAUAUCAUACUAAACGAAUCAGACAUAACGCCCACCGACCCAACAAAUUUCAAUCCCACCCAUUACUCAACACAAACUCCUCAUACGGUACCCCCAACUCCUCAAACUCGCCUUUCUCCGGCCUCGCCAUCUUCGCCCACCCUCUCACCAGCUCUCUCCAAUAACACGCCUCCGCCGCCGGACUAAAGUACCCGCCACCCACAAACAACUCCCUCUGCCUCCUCGCAAUACCCUCGGCAACCUUGGGGUGCUCCUCCAACCAAUGUAUCGUAUCCUCCAAAUCCGACCAAUCGGGGCUCACGAACACGAUAUUCGCUUCUUUGGGAUCAUACCUCUUUGGCCACGCCCUUUCGUGUCUCGCGUGCGGCGUCCAGAUCCCAUCAUUCGCAGUCUUUCUCGGCUGGGCCCUGGUGUCUUUUGUCUUACCAUCCUUUCUCAUCCGCAACGACCGAGCCUUGUCCAAGUCCAGAUCGCUUGAGAACAAAGGUUUGACAAGGUGCGUGGUAUGCUGCAUCCACUGGAUCGGCGGCGUGAGCGUGACCGAGGCACACAUCUGGAGGAACUGGAACCUUCCCGAGUAGGAAAUGCCUUCGGUGUGGAGCACGUAUUUGUACUUGCAAAAGUCCUCGAUGGCUAGCGAGUUGGUGGCAUUUUUGUUCUCGCCAUUGCCCGUUGUCGACGUCGUCGUCCACUCGAGUGAUUGCACGUCCGCCCACGGCUUGGCCUUGGCGGUGGAAACAAGCUUGUACCGCAGUUGCGGGUUGUGGAUCGAGUUGAACCAAGUAGUCCCGCGCCAGACCGCGCGGGGGUCUUUGUGUGAGUGCCAGCGGUUUCCUUGGAAUUGGGUGGUUUCGAGGUUGGUGAUGGCUGAUGCUGCGCGAGAGAUGGACCCGAUGAAGGGGAGGUCCCAUGCCCAGAAGGAGAAGUGAGGAAUGAGAAAAGUGCGAGCAUCGGGAUCCGAAGGGGCGUGUACGGGGUCAGCGUUGCGGGUGUAUUGGAGGGCGGUUCCGAAGGGGGUGUCGAGGAUGUUGAUGGUCAGGAUUGUGUCCAAGUCUGAGACAAGAGAUCGAUCGGAAGGGGGCAAGGUGAGCAGGGCGCGAUGAAGUUGGUGGAGGGCUGCUGUUCUUGACUUUUUAUUUUUUUGUUCGUGUCAGUCAGUCAUCCAGUCAGCCAGUCAGUUUAUUUCCAACGAAAUAAGAAAAAGUGAAAAGAAAACAUACAUUUACCAUCUCCCUAC